ACACACACCGCCGCUUAAACCGCAAGCUCGCCACAGCGCUGCUGAUACCCGGCACCACCCCCACCCCCUACCCCUCCCAGGUCGCGUGCCACUCAGCUUGGCGCACAGCACUCCUGCUUAUUGCGACUUAAUUGAUGCUCUAUAGAUAUAUAUUUGCAAAAAAAGGCGAGUUAGACGGGUGGAAAAAAAAGGAGAGAGAAACAAUUAUACCAGCAGCAGCAGCAUCAUGUCUCCACAGUCUGAUCGCUGUCCUUACAAAGAGCAAGCCAGUGGCAAGUACUUUGCCUGCCCGGCUCCAGCUUGUUCUCUCAGCUCAGCCGAGGAAGAGAUCGAGGACACGUCCGCGGCCAAAGCCGAUUGCAAAAGGCGAGCCCGGGGUCGCGGCAAAGCCCGGAGUCAGAAGUUGGUGCAAAGAAUCAAAAAGACCCGGCGCAUCAAAGCGAACAACCGGGAGAGGAACAGGAUGCACAACCUGAACGGGGCGCUGGACGCGCUGAGGGAGGUGCUGCCCGCCUUUCCAGAGGAUGCCAAGCUGACCAAAAUCGAGACCCUGCGCUUCGCUCACAAUUACAUCUGGGCACUGACCGAGGCUCUGCGGCUCGCCGAUCCCAGCGGGGACACCAGCGCCGAAGGGCCGGACAGGCAGUACCUGGACACGGGGCUGAGCAGCCCUAGCCCCGGGGCUUCGGCCAGCUCUUGGAACAGCUUCAGCUCGCCUUCCUCUUCCUCCUACACAUGCACUUUAUCGCCGGGCAGCCCCGCGCAGGCGGAAGACAUCUACUUCGGGCAACCCGAGAGCCUGUACGCUGCCGCUAAACGCCAGUCGGACUUUUUGCAGGCCUCUUCAUUCCAUGAAUUUAUUUAAAGCUCGCGUAUCUUGUAUCAGAGACGGGGGAACCCUGUCUGUCUAUUGCAAUGAAAACAAUGAAUAUGCCUAUUGGCUGGGGAGAAAAAAAAGUUGGAGACACACUGUUUACAUUUCUUAUUAGCGUUUAUAGGAUUGAGAUUUUGUCAUGUAUUUUUUAAAAAGAAAAUGUAUUUUUCACUGCUGAUACACGUUAACCGCCGAGGUCCAAUGGUACAUACUUCGGCAUCUGCCUUUCUUCCCAGAGAGAACUCUGUUGAAGGCUGUGGGAAUUUGAACUGUCAAACCAAACUUUUCCUCGCUGCACUUUGUCCAUUUCCCCAGGUUCUCCACAAUGCCUUUUGUUCUCUGGGUCUCUCUUCCCCCCUC